AGACCAAAGACAGGAGAAACCCUCCUGAAGAGUCCAGAGGUCCGGGUCCACAGUCCGGCUGUGAUCCCGCUGAUGUCAGCUCAGGUUAUAAAACAGGUAAUAAACUCACCUGAGAUAAAGGCAGGUGAGACACAGACACACACAGACACACUGACAGAUCACAGACACUGAGUUAGUUUACACUGACCGAAAAUAAACUGUGCUUAAAGGUUAGUCACAUGGUACAACGUCAGUACUUCCUGCUAACGUCUUACAAAAUAAAAGCCCCUGUACGGAAACUCAGAUCACAAUAAUAACUGACAGGAACUUUUCUUUAGUUUAAAACUAUUAAAAACGAUUAUUCCUCCAUAAACACCUAAACUAAUACAUAAACUCAUUUGGUCCUGUGACAGUGUUUUAAAGUAAAGUGGACUGAAAUAUAAUAAAUGUAAGAAACAUGAUAAAUCUUUACUGUAAUAAACAUUAUGUUAAAAUAACAUUUUUACAUUAUUUCUCUGUUUAGUUUAUUAAAAUAUGAAUUAAAAACAAACGUAUUACAAAUGAUAUUAAAGAGUUCAUCACAACAGAACAUUAUAAACUAACUAUAUAUAUUAUUUUUUGAUUAUAAUCUCAAUGAUUUUCCAUUUGUUUUAUUUUAAACUAAUAAAAAGCUCUUAAACUGUCAUCAAACCUUUUCCUGCUCUGACUGAAGUGACAUCAUGUGACCACCAGGUGGCAGCACAACAUCAAACCGGAGAGAGACCAUCAGUUACUAAGAACUCAAAGAUUAUUUAAAGAACUUUUUCCACUUUUUAAUGUUUUUUCAUGGAUUUAUCAUAAAAACAGAUUAUCAGAGGAGCUCCACAUUAAUCUGACCGUUUAAGGGAUUAUUUUACAAUACAGCAUAUUUUAAUGUCACAUAGUAAAUCAUUUUAUUUAAUAUACUGAAACAUUUAAACUUGUUUUGUAUCGUAUCAUAUAUUUGAGUUAUUUCGCAUAAAUCCUUUUGUUUUGUUUGCUGUUGUACUUAAUUUGACCUAAUCUCAUGUAAUCUGAAUAAAUCUUUACACAAAUUAACAUAAAAUAAAUAAAGACUAUUUUUAAAGGGAGUUUGAUCUGCAGUGGAACAUGAUCGUGUUUGUCCUGAUAUCUGAAAUUAUUCAGAGUUCAAAUUAAAUCAGAUUAAUUCUGUUUGAAGAAACAUCAUCAGAGAAUAAACAUCGACAUCAAACACAAACAUGUUUUUAUUAUUUAAUCCUCUUUUCAUUUUCAGACUCAUCAAACUGUCUCUGUUCGUUUCCCUGGAGUCAGUUUUUCCUCUGGAUUAUAAUCAGGAUUAUAAUCAGGAUUAUAACCAGGAUUUGUAAAUUCAGGAUUAUAUCAAUAAUCUGAGGUUAGUAUCAGAUUUAGUCUCAGUAAUAACAUCAGUCAGUCUUUUUUCUGCUGUAUCGGCAGUUUUCUUCCUCAGACUCAUAAAUCCAUGAACGCUCCUCCUCCUCCUCCUCCUCCUGUCAGCGCCGGACUGUGUGACACAUGUGGAGUCAGAGAGGAGGAGGAGGAGGAGGGGGCGGGGCUUAACCACAUCUGGAUGAAAAACAUCUGGACCCUCUCUCUCUCUCUCUCUCUCUCUCUCUCUCCCCCCCCUCCUCUCUCUCUCUCUCACACACAGACCGAGUCGCGGACGGACUAACCCAGCUCCUGUGUGUUUCUCCGGUCCAGCUGACCCUCCUCCCCUCCUGCUGAUGAUGUCCUGGUUCUGGACGUGUUGGACCGGGGUUCUGGUCGUCCUCUCGGCCGGUGAGUUCAGCUGCUUUCUGUCUUUUUCUCGGGGUGAUUGUGGAGCUGUGGAGGGGCCGAUGGAUGGAUGGAGGAGGGGGUUUGUUUUGGAAAAUCUGCUCUCAUAGAAGAAACCUGAUCCUCUCUGAAGUUUGAACUGACAGCAGAACUUUUUCAAAGUACUGAAGUCCAAGUCGAAGUUCUGGAAGUCCAGAUCAGGAGCAGUUUGAAGUCCAAACAUGUUCUCAGAUUCUUACAAAGUUCUGCUGGAGUUCAGGUCCAGCCGAGUUUCAGCGCAGCUCUGAGUUCUGAGUGAAAUGAAGGUGAAGGACGUGAAAAACUGCCUUCAAAAGUUCUGGUUUAAACCCGGUCACUGUUCUCCGGGUUCUCUGUUCCGACCUGGUUCACAGUAAAGUAGGGGAGACCGGGAGCAGUUGUAACACACUUACAGUCUGAGGACCACCUUAAAGAUUUUUCUUUCUCAAUGAUUUCAAAUGUUUUUUAUAAAGCCGUGAUCGUUGUAACAUCGUCAAAUUAGGAGAAUAAAGUCUCAGUGAUUUAAGAAGAUUAAAGUUUUAAAAUGAGAGUAAAGUCCUGAGAAAGUGAAGUCAUGAUUUAGGAGGAUUAAAGUCAUGAAAUGAGAAUAAAGUCCUCGUGUUUAUGGAGCUGAUACUGUCGUGGUUCUGGUUCUGGUUCACAGUGAGCAGCAGCUGUCUGGACCUAAAUGAGGACUGAGGUGUCUCUGGUUAAAGUGUCCCUAAUGUUUUGUCCUCUCAGAUCCACAUUGUUAUGAGGAUCAGGUCUGAAUUCAUGACUUUAUUCUCAUGAUAUAAAAACUAUAAAAACUCUUAAAAGUUCUCUGAACUCUGUCGUAACUUCAGUUCAGAUGAGGUUUGAGGUUUUAGCUGAUCCCUCUUAGAGCCGGUCUAAGUACAUCUGCUGAAGGACUCGGAUCCUUCUGGUCCUUCAGAGUCCAGGUUCAGAUCUAAAGGAGGAUCUCAGUGACUUCUUACGAACCUUUCUUUCACGUAUUUGUGCUCUUGUCCAAACCGCCUGUCCUUGAACCCUGAUCGCCUCCUUUACUGUCGUGACCUUUAAUACUUUCAAUCAUCAUCAGGAAGUCCUGAAAAAGGAACCAGCAGGACAACAGGAUGAAAAAUGAUCUAGAAGUUUACGGAGAAACUAAACUCAGUGUCUGAGUUUCUCAGUAUCUGGUCGUUCCAAAGUCUCUAAACUAAAGCUGAUCAAUCUUUGUCCAUCAGAGCUGCUCGACUUUGGAACGACCUUCAGAGGAGAGAAGGAGAACAGCAGAGACAGACGCUUCUUUAAAAACUCACUUUUACAGACUUGAUUUUAUGAGAUGACGUCUUUUAUCUUUAAUCUUUUAACUUUUACCUCUUUUAUCUUUUUUCGUCUUUUCUGUCUUUUUAUCUUUUGUUAAACUUGAACUCUUUUCUAAAUUAACAUUUUAGGCCUUUUAUUGUUUUAUCUUUUGCUCAUUUCUGUUCCUCUAUUUUAUCUUCACUAUUAUUAUCAGUAUUACCUGUUAUUAUUUUAUUAUCAUUGUUGAUAUUUACUAUCUUUUAUAUUUACUCUCCUGUUUCCUGCAUUUUACCCCCUUUUUUCUCUUAUUUUAUGUUUUUAUUUUGGUCCUCAUGGUCUCAUUUUAUGUUGCAUGGUGCUAUACAAAUAAAGUUAUUAUCAUUAUUAUUAUUAUUAUUAUGUUGGACUCAAACCUAACUUUACAUGUUGGUGCAGCAGACACUCAUAGUUGAGGUGGGGUCAAAGGUCAAUGGUGAUUUGGCGUCUCCUUGGCGAGCACGUCGGUGUCGGAGUUUCUAAACUCUCGAUUAUCAGCUGAUGGUCAAAGAAGUCGUUUCUGCUUUUCUCGGUUCAGAGAGGACGGCGGUGGUACGGUGGUGGAGAAGUGUCAGUGUCAGCGGUCAGAUUUAAACACAGUAAUAAAAACUAAACCAGUUUCUGUCCUGAAGUCCAUCAGUGUGAGUUUCUGUGAGUCUGUGAAGACGGUGGAAAAAACAAAAGAUCCUGAUAGUUUGGAGGUUUCUGGAAGUUUGUUCUGAAUUUGGAGGAAAAUUAUAAGUUGUAGCUGCAACAUCAAAAGUUUUUUCAUUCUUAACAGAUCUGAGAAAAAAGAAGAAAUUUUCAGCUUCAAACGCUGAACAGAGCUGUCAACACGACUGCAGGUUUACAUGUUUGAUUGUUUAUUUGUUUUUUUUCUUAAAUCUGUUUGUUGAUUUUAUGUUUUUCUUAAAUCUGUUUGUUUGUUUGUUUUUUCUGUAAAUCUGUUUCUGACGUUGGAGCUGACCUCUGAUUCUUAGAGAUUUAAACUGAAGUUCAACUGAACGAACGAACAGAAACGACUAAAAAGAAACCCAUUAUCUCACAUCCAACAAAGAGUGAGUGUAUCUGAGACACACACACACACACACACACACACACACACACACACACACACACACACACACACACACACACACACACACGCUGACAUCUUGGCUCUGUCUUAAGACACUGGAGAAGAGAGCGACUGGCACUGAGAGGAAGUGUUGUGUGUGUGUUUGUGCGAUUAAAUGUGUGUUUUAUUUGUGCUAAUGAGGACGGAGAGGUGACGUGUGGAUGGCCUGAUGACCCCGACCCACACACACACACACACACACACACACACACACACACACACACACACACACACACACACACACACAGAUGCUGCAGAGCUCCAUUCAUCACCCAGCUGAGGAUGUGCUUCAGUUCAUAUCUGUUCAGUCUCUCUGACAGAGACGCUCUGUUCUGGUCGACUUCACUUCACCUCCGCUCUUCUUCUUCUUCUUCUUCUUCUUCUUCUUCUCUUCUUCUUCUUCUCCUUCUUCUUCUUCUUCUUCUUCUUCUUCUUCCUGUAGACCAGUUUUACUCGUGUCCUCCUUUUAUUCUGUCAGUCUGAGUGUUUUUUAAGACUCCUUAUUUAUCUAAUAAGUCAUUUCAGCAUGAAUCUAUGGAAGCAAAUUUGUACCAUAAUUCAAAUAAAGAUAGAUGAACAGAAAUGCAUUAGCAUUUUCAGACUGUACCUGCACUUCUUGACUCAUAAAUAAGAUUAACAAUAAAUAAUCUGAAUUGCUGUUUCUGCGAAAUCCAUUUGAGAUUAAAUUUUCUAAAUAUUCCCCAGCAGAUAUGAACCAAAACUCAAUUAGAAAUGUCAAAUCUGAAUAUUUAAAAACAUUUGCAGUUCGGCUUUUUCGUUCCAAAACUUCAUAAUUUGACUCAGAAAUAAAAUGAAGAAUAAAUCAAACAAACUGCAUUUUCAUGUUCUUAUUUGAGCGGCACGUUUCUGAACACGAUUCAAGAGAGAAACCGAACAGAGAGUUGUUUUUUUUCAUUUUCAUGUCCGCCUGUCUCUGUCCGAACUGUGCAGGUGCAGAUUUACUCCACCGUAAAAACCUGAUUUAAACUACAGAUGGAGUUUAUGGUGAGUCAGCAUCUGUCUGAAACUCUCGGUUUAUCACUGAUGGACAGUUAGACGGUGUUACUUUUUACACAGCUGCACCGUUAACGUCUGAGACUGCAGCUCCGAUUAUCUCUGAUGUUGUAGUUCAUGAAGACGCUGUUGUGUUUUAAAGAACGAGGACGAAAAAGGUCUAAUGGUGAAUAAAAAACAGGUCAGAGUGAGCGCUCUGACUUUUAAAAACAGGUCAGAGAGGAAUCAACAGGAAGUUUCAAAGUAAAUGUCACUCUUCAUACACACACACACACACACACUGACCUACCGCACUGCUACACAACAACACACUCACUGAAAACACUUCUGUGACUCACUCAGACCGCCAAAAUAAAAGCUCAUCAGAUAAGGUUAAUCAGAUUCAUUUUUUUAAACAGAGAUGUGAGAAUCAGGAUCCUUCAAAAUAAGAUUAAAAAUAAAUAAUAUAACAGAGAAAAUCAAAGUAAGAGUCUUUAGAGUGAGUUUUUCAAAAUAAGAGUUUUUUCAAAAAAGCAGAGGAGUGGGACUGUGUGUGUGUGUGUGUGUGUGUGUGUGUGUGUGUGUGUGUGUGUGUGUGUGUGUCUAUGAUAAAGCUGCAGCUCUGAUAUGAGGCCCUUUUUGGAGUGCCUAGAUUUCCCAUGAGCCUUUGAGGGCGGAGCUCUGGAUACUAACUUGGCGCUGAAUGGAGCUCACUUCUGGAUUUAAUUUAUUUUGGGACACACACACAUACACACACACACACACAUACACAAAGACACACACACACACACAUACACCAAGACACACACACACACACAGACUUGCUGUCUCAGAAUAACACACACAUGCAGAAACUCUAUUGUCUUUAACACUCUCACAAACACACACAUACACAUAUACACACACAGACACACACACACACAGACACACACUCAGUAUAAUUAAAUUGAGCAUUUUGUUUCUGCUGCUCUCUCUCUCUCUUUCUCUCUUUGUCUCUCUCUCUCUCUUUGUCUUUGUUUGGAAGAAACAUAUGGAAUAACUUCAGCUUUGUGUGUUUGUGUGUGUAUGUGUGAGUGUGUAUGUGUGUGUGUGUGUGUGUGUUGAUUUAAUGAAGUGUUGUGUGUUUGUGUGUACAAUCCUGUGUGUAUGAAGUUAAUGUCAUUAUGAUGCAGAGUAGGGAAGAUUUUGUGCAUGUUUAUCAUUUUGUAAACAUUUGUGUGCAUAUGUGUGUGUGUGUGUGUGUGUGUGUGUGUGUGUGUGUGUGUGUGUGUGUGUGUGUGUCAUUUUGUUGUCGUCUGUCUCUGAUCACUGCUGUUGUUGUUGUUUGUUGUUGUUGUUGUUGUUGUUGUUGUUGUUGUUGUUGUUGUUGUUGUUGUUGUUGUGGCUCAGCAGAGAUUAAGUACACACAAACAGACACACACAUAGAGUAUAUUAUAUCAGUGGUUCUCAACUGGUGGGUCCCGACCCAGAAGUGGGUCACAGACACGUUCUGGAUGGUGGUCAAAAAAGUAAAUAUUAAAUACGAUAAUUAUUAGAGAUUUAAUAUUUUCUGUUUAAGUAACUUCGGUCGUUGUCACCUUCAUGUGCUCUGAAAUACACUUUACUCAAUAAAACAGAUGGAUUUAUGUUAAAGAUUUGAGUCUUUGAAGGUUUUUUUCUUAUAUAAAAACUAAAUUUUCUUGUUUUUUUAAUAUAAAAGUGGGUCGUGACUUCAGGACCGUGGGGACCCAGAGUGAGACCAGUUGAGAACCUCUUUAUUAUAGUGUUUGAACUCUGUAAGGAUCGUCGUUUCCAAAGUUACACAAAGUCGACUUCUGAUGAUGACUGUGUUAAACUGGACCCUCAGUGUUUUUGUUUUCUCCCUGUCUAACCCUCCUCUCUCUCUCUCUCUCUCUCUCUCUCUCUCCCUCUCUCCCUCUCUCUCUCUCUCUCUCUCUCUCUCUCUCUCUCUCUCUCUCUCUCUCUCUCUCUCUCUCUCUCUCCCUCCCUCCCUCCCUGCAGGCCCUCCCGUCGGCGUUCGCUCCUUCAGCCACCUGAGCUUUAACCUCUGUAAGUGGUGUGAACUCUCCAGCCCGGCCUGUAAAGACAGCGUCUGCACCAGUAACUGCAACCUGUCGUCCUUCUGCACCGUCAUCGAGGAGAUCUGCAUCGCCGUAUGGUCAGUGAUCAGAACGAACCGUUUAUUCAUGUAAUCAUGUUAGAGACACUCAGACAGUCCGCUCUUCUUCACAUGAACAUCAGUCUGCUCUCAUCUUUGAGUUUCCAGUCUCGCCCACUCGCUCUCGGUCUCCUCUAAAGAGCAGAAAUGAAAACAGUCUGUCCUGAAGCCUCUGGUGUCCCACAGAAAUGCUGAGACUCGCUGUGCUCUCAGACACACUCAUUGUUUUCCUUCAGCUGGAUCCACUGAUCCAGCAGAGUCCACCACAGAACAGCUCAGCUGCUCCAAGAUGUUGUUGAUCAGCGCUCUGAAACAUCCUGGAGUCAUUGCUCUCCGCUCGCUACCGUUGCAGAAAAAAACACGUGUGACCGCCGUAUUUCAUUCUGGGUUUCAGAGCUUCACACUGAGAUCUCAUGUCCACCCCGCAGAGCUUCACAGCUGUCAGGGCGUCUGUCCGCAGACUCCGCUGGCAUCACUUUCUCCAACUUUCUGCUGAGUCGUGCUUUUGUUUGGACAGCAGAGCGACGCUGGGAUCCCCCUAACUGCUCCCCUCUCAUUUCCUGUUCAUGUCGGCCUGCCGGCCCCUCCCUGCAGAUAGCUGCAGGAAACCAGCGAUAAGAGGGAAACGCUGCUUAAUUCAGGUCAAAGUUCAGCAGCUCCGACUGUCUGCAGACUCACAAACAUCUGAAUCUGCUGCUGGACACGAGGACAAGGAAACCACACUGAGACACUCAGUCCGUUUCCAUGACACUCGAGAAAACCGAAUUAUCGCCUUAUUCCGAUUAAGACCGGACAACUGAAGGUCAUGUAAACACCUUAGUCCGACUAUAACCAGAGUUUGAGGACUCCCAGAUAAUGAGAUUGGAAUUAGAUUUUCUCUACCAUGUAACCAGCGUAGUCAGAGUAUGAUCAGACAGUACACGUGCGUGUGCACCACACCUCUGAGGGUGAACCUCUGAUAUGACCACAUGAGUUCUUGUCUGGUUUGUAAACAUCGUACUGCAUGAAACAGGAAGACUCGGCGAUGAUCGAGUCCACACCUGAAUGUCAGACAUGCUCCCCGGGUCAUGUGCUGGUAUUAGAUGGUUCCUCAUGGGUGCAGGGAUCCCGUUCACCAUGACCCGGGUCUGGACUGAAGGAGGCGGACCUCCUUAGAGUAAAGCUGUAUCAUCAAUAAAGAGAAGAACAUCAUUUCAGUUCAGUCAGACUCAGAGUCAUCAACCAUUUAUUCUCUUUCAGGAGGAAGACCAACGACACCAUGACAGUCCACACCAUGUGUCAUGACCCCUCCCUGCCACUAGAGGGCGUGGACCCGGCUCUACUGCUCAACUUCACGUCCAGAGAGUGUCACAUGGUCCCUCAGCCCGCCGAUGACGGCGCCAUGAUGGUCUGCGGCUGCCAUGGCGAGCACGAGUGUAACGACAAGCUGAUCUUUGACAAGGGCGCCAACGGUGAGGGGCGUGGAUGGAUGAUGGAUGGAUGGAUGGAUGGAUGGAUGAAUAGACAGAUGUAUUGUGUUGUUUUGGUUGUAUUUGGGUUUAUGGAUGUAUGAAGGAUUAAAUUAUAGGUAGCUGUGAGGGUCAGUGGAUGAAUGAGUGAUCAGAUACCAUAUAUGGUCGACAGGGUUAUUGAUCGGCAUGUUCAUGGGUUCAUAGAAGGACAGGUAGAUCAAACAUCAGACGGAUGGAUGGAUGAACUUCUCUCCGUCUUCCUGCAGGGUUCUCCAAGCUGCAGAGUAAAGACGUGAUCUCGGUGGUGGUGGUGAGCUUGGUGCCUCCCAUCCUGGUCGCCAUAGUCGCCACCGCCGCCUUCUAUUUCUACCGCACACGCCGUCCAGAUAAACCCGGCCCUCCUGCGCGCCCUGACUGGCCCACCAAACGCACCCCUGAUCUCUACCAGGCGUUCGACCUGCCGUGUGGAGGUCUGGGGACUCGAGGUGAAGGUGGAGGAGGACUGGGCGGUCCUGGGACCGGGAUGGAGGAGUCUAACGGUAAGGUGCCCAACGACAACAUCAGUGAGGUCACCGCCUGGCAGGGCCAAAUGUCUGAACCGCUGCCCAUCAAACUGGAGGCUCUGGUGGGGAAGGGGCGCUUCGCAGAGGUGUGGAGGGGGUGUCUGCUGGAGGGCGAGAAGGGUGGAGUCAGCAGCUACGAAACCGUGGCGGUGAAGGUGUUUCCGGCGGUGGAGUACGCCUCCUGGAGGAACGAGUGCUCCAUCUUCACAGACCCCAAACUGGAGCACGAAAACGUGGUGAGAUUCUUCGCAGCUGAGGAGAGGGGUCCGUCUGGCCACGCCCUCAGGAAGUACUGGCUUGUUUUGGCCUAUCACAGCUUAGGGAACCUGCAGGACUUCCUCUCUGCAAACAUCCUGACCUGGGAGGAGCUCCUCGCCAUGGCGGGCAGCAUUGCCAGAGGAUUAGCUCAUCUCCACAGCGACACGACUCCCGGCGGGGUUCCUAAGGUGAGCUCAGUGUGUGAACUUUAUAGUCUCUAAAUUUACCCAGCAGCACCCGGGAGAAGGCGUCCGCGCCAAACUCUCGUUCUUACUCAGUAAACUCUGAACAUCACCGACGGGAUUAAGAGUUUAACCUGCUGCGGACUUCGCCGUCUCAGCACUUAUUGAUCUGACAGAGGACCUCUGAGUGUCUGAUCCUGUUCUCAGACUCUGUUGCUGGUCUGUUUCCGUAGAUCCCGGUCGCCCAUCGGGACCUGAAGAGCAGUAACAUCGUGGUGAAGAACAGGAAGGAGUGCGCUCUGUGUGACUUUGGUCUGGCGUUGAGGUUGGACCUCUCCCUCACUGCUGAUGACUACGCCAACAGUGGACAGGUGAGCCGCACACCUUCACGACAUCUUGAACACAGCAGACCUUUAGUUUGAUGGUUUGGUCGUUGAUCGGACUCUCUCUCUCUCAAGGUAGGAACGGCUCGCUACAUGGCUCCUGAGGUCCUUGAGUCCAGGGUGAACCUGGAAGACCUGGAGGCCUUUAAACAGAUGGAUGUUUACUCCAUGGCUCUGGUCCUCUGGGAGAUGGCGUCUCGCUGCCAGGCCAUUGGGGGUAAGAGCUCUCCCCUCUUUACUGUCUUUCUUUAGGGGGUCUAACCCCCAAUUUUCACCGCAUCCGAAACAGCGGCGAUUUUCACUGUCCGCCAAUUCCUACCAGAUCUGUUGGUGAAGCAAAACUCUGUGGCAGCGGUAAUCGCGAGAACUUACAAGAACCUGCGGAUUCACGUUCAAUCACACGAUAACGAGUCGUCUCUAUAAAGACAGACACAUAGACAUAUAAGCAGUAGAUUGUGUCCUUCCAGAGGAGGAAAUCUACUUCUAGACUUCUAGAAUCAGCAUCUCCUCAUCCAUGGUGUCAUCGGGGUGAAAUGACGUCUAAAAACCUUUCACUUGUUCGUCUCCGCCCGUUUGCAUGGUGUGAAAUACGAUCCUCCUGAAACAGCAACGAUUGGAGGAUACGACCUUUUAGUAGACGAUCAGGAUGAAGUGGAAAUUAAGGUUGAGAUGUUGUUUAAAACUGAGGAUGCAGCAUCUAUGAUUUCCAGUCCUUUGUUGAAAGGACAACUGGACUCACUUGAGACGUUUCGCCUAUGAGUCCAGUUGGAUUUAGAUCCUCAGAGGAACGGAAAGAAGUCGGUGUAAAUUGACACGUUAACUUGAAUGGUUACGAUCAGCUACGAUCGGAGGAUACGACCUUUUAGGAGACGAUCAGGAUGGAGGUGGAGAUUGGGGGUAAGAUCUGGUAACAGUCAAAGAUCUGGUCCUGGAUCGUCCUGGGGGACCUCUCAGUCUCCUCUAACAGGCGCUCUUGUAUCAGUACUUGAAGAGUCUCUGGAUCUGGUCCUGAAGGUUUGACCGAGUUUGUUUCUCUGCAGAGGUGAAGAUCUACGAGCCGGCCUUCGGCUCUAAGGUCUGUGAGCAGCCCUGUGUCGACAGCAUGAGAGACCUGGUGCUGAGGGACCGAGGACGGCCGGACAUCCCGUCAGCGUGGACUCAACACCAGGUCAGGGUCUGAGGUUCUGGUUUCUUGUCUUCUGUCUCUCCUGAUGUCUAACCGCUGCUCUCUGACCUCCAGGGGAUGAACAUCUUCUGCUCCACCGUCACCGAGUGCUGGGACCACGACCCGGAGGCCCGGCUGACGGCUCACUGUGUGGUGGAGCGGUUCAACGCCCUGCAGCAGGAGGAAGAGGAGGGAGGAGGGCGUGAUGAAGAGGAGGAGCUGAGGAGAGGAGUGAGCAUAGAAGGGAACGAGGAGAGAGGAAAGGACUCAGAAACAGCAGACAGUAAUCACAGUCCUUCUGUAACUGCUGCUGCUUCAUCCUCCUCCACCUCCUCUACCUCCUCCACCUCCCAGAAUCCUCAGCGAGACUCAGAGAGAGGAGGAACAGAGGUAUCCCAUGAUUCCCUGCCUCACGCCGGCUCUGUGGAGUAAACUGUGGACUUGGUGUGAGUGACUUCAGAUCAGGAGGAGAUCUGAGGAGGAACACCAUGAGGAGAACCUCCUACAGACUCUGAGGGUGGACCGGUUUCUGUCAGGUUCAGGUCCUGAUCCUCUGAGGACAUGGGUCGAACUUCUGCAGGCAGAUAAAUACUGAACUUUGAUAGUCUGAGACGUUUUUUCUUCUGUUGGAGCAGGUCUCCAUGAUCAUCUCUCUUUCUCUGUUAUCGUUUCUCUGACCUCCAGCUGUCUCCUGAGUCUGAAAUCUGUUUCCUUUUUCUUAAAGAUCGAUGGAUCGUGUCUCUAAAACUCUUUAUUUUCUGCAGAAUCGUUGCAAAGAUGCAAAAACUGGAAAAAUUCACCAAAUUCCUGAAGAUGUGAAAGAAUCCAGAGAGGAGAAAAAUGUUUCCGACCAGAGCGAAACACAAACACUGAAAACCACUAAAGGACUGGAAACACAGGGACUGACUCCAUCUUUGUUACUCACUUUGAAAUAAAGUUAGUUUCCUGUCGCUUAUGAUCGAUCGCUCAAGUAUUUUUCCAUCCGUCUUAUUUUGAUCAAAGCGUUAAACUCAAAAAUGAAAUUGAAGGAACAUUUGUCUGUGUUCAGAGGUGGUUAACUUCAUGUUCAUCAGAAACACAUUUGACUGAUUUUUCACUUUAAGAUUCAGAGUUAAAGGUGGAGUAGACAGGAAUCUGUUAAAGAAGCAUCUUUAUUUUGUGGUGUAUUUACAAAAAAUCUUCUAAUAUCAGUCAAUAGUUAUUAGUUAUUGAUGACAUUUGGUAAUAUAUCGAUAUCUCUGUGUUCUCUUAUGUCUGUGUCGUCAACAUUUGAACAUUUUUGAGCGGUCCGCUCUUUCUGACUGUAAACAAAGCCGUUCUCCACCUCCUCUAACCUGAUUGGUUGUGAGGCAGACGCUGCUCCCCCGUGUCGUUCAGGAGCCCAAAC